UUUUGUGUUCAGCUGGUAGAUGCGGGCCGGCUAACCUGUUAGCUGUCUGAGCCGCGUUUAGCCUCUUUCUAAGGAGGUGAAACGCCAGAAAAGCGCGCUUGUCGCGCUGUUAUCUUCGGCUCUUCUGAAAGCCGCAAUGCCGAUCCACUCCCGGGACAAGAAAGAAAGUAACCACGAAGAAAUGGAGGUGGAUUUUCACGAGCAAGACGGCAGCAGCACAGACGAGGAGGACACCGUUAGCUCGACAGUGUCCGAAGAUGGAGACAGUUCWGAGAUGGAUGAUGAAGACUGUGAGAGGAGGAGGAUGGAGUGCCUGGAUGAGAUGACCACACUGGAGAAACAGUUCACUGACCUGAAGGAGCAAUUGUAUAAGGAGCGUCUGAGCCAGAUGGAGAUCAAGCUGCAGGAGGUGAUGGCGGGCUGCGCUCAGGAGUACCUGGAACCUUUGGCCAACCUACAGGAGAACAUGCAGAUCAGGACCAAAGUGGCCGGGAUCUACAGGGAGCUGUGCUUGGAGUCGGUGAAAAACAAAUACGAGUGUGAGAUCCAAGCAGCCUGCCAGCACUGGGAGAGUGAGAAGYUGCUGCUCUUUGACACGGUGCAGAGUGAGCUGGAGGAGAAGAUCAGAAGACUGGAGGAAGACAGACACAGYAUUGACAUCACCUCAGAGUUGUGGAACGAUGGAUUGCACGCACGGAAGAACAAGAAAAAGGACCCGUUCUGUCCGGUCAAGAAGAAGAAGCCGGUUGUUGUUUCUGGCCCGUAUAUUGUUUACAUGCUGCAGGAUCUGGAUAUUCUUGAAGACUGGACCGCAAUAAGAAAGGCGAUGGCCUCUCUGGGGCCGCACCGGGUGAAGGUGGACGUCCCUGCAGCAAAGACGGACAGACAUCACCAUGUGGCUCGCUCUGAAGAAGGUCGGCUUUUCUAUGACAACCAGUGGUACUGCAGGGGACAGACCAUCUGCAUCAACAGGAAGGACGAGUGUCCAACAAGUGCCAUCAUCACCACCAUCAACAACGAUGAGGUGUGGUUCAAACGGCUAGAUGGCACCAAGUCAAAGCUCUACAUCUCCCAGCUGCAGAAAGGCAAAUACACCAUCAAACACUCAUAAAYAGAAUUAAAAACACUAAAACACACACCAACACACAACUCUACUGUUUCUUCUCAUUUAUUUCCCCAUGUGAAGUCUUAUACAAUCAUCUGCCUGAAAGCAGACCAGUUCCUGUUUGUAUGUGGAGAGUUGCGUACCUGUACAUAUGUAUAUGUGUGUUGAUAUAUAUACAACAUGGUCACAAGUGUCAUUUUCUCUGAAAUGGAGAUCAAUGCAAAGUGCUGCUAAAAAAAAGGAAUAAAAUAAAACAACCGGGUGGGAAAAACCGGAGCAGAAGCAAACUGUGAAGCAGAACUCAGUCGAGUGCCUUUCUGAGAUGAAACUUUGUCCUUGCUGAUGGGGGGAAGGGGCAAAAAUCUAAACUAUCAACGCAGAGCAGCCUUACCGUGUUCGCACUAGAAGGACUGAAGCAGGUCGGUGAACAUGUGAAUGUGAGGUGGGGGGCUCAGCAGUGAGUCUGAGCAUCAGUUACACUAACCAGAAUUCCAUAGAGAAAACCUGUUAAAGCUUUAUUCUGGUCAUUGCAGACCUCAGAACAGCUUAGUUAGAAAGUGUCAACAUGAGAAUAAUGUUAAACAGUGAUGAUGUGAUGAUAAUGAGAUAAAACUGUUCUUGAACACCCCAAAGUUUGGUUAUCCACUUUUGGAAUCAUUGUACUAAAUUCUUUUUUACUUUUUGUUGUUCUGCAGCACUUCUUUUUAAAGUUAAAGAUUUUUUUUUGGCCAUUGGGGAGUUAGGUUCUGUGAAAAAAAAUCAGAACAGUCAUUGUUUUAUCCGCUAUAGCUUCUUGAACGACUUCAGUUUGGAGAAAUAGCUUAGUUAGUUGUAGACGUAUGCCCAACRAUUACUUUAGUCAACUGAUUCAAAAUGGCUGCCACAACUUAGCCAACACAAAAAUGGCUACUAUUUGCAAAUACAAAUAACAGUGACAGCAGCUAGCAAUGGCACUUUCUGACACAUUCUGGGAUUUUAUGACAUUUCCACCAAACUACCCUUGUAAACAAAACUGAUGGCAGUGUAAAGGUUUAAAAACCAUAAUAAAUGAACCAUAAAAAGUUGAGAUUGGAGCUUUGGUCUUGAACUCUUGCCAGUUUUWAUCUGUAUAUAGAAUCAUUUGGGUGUUUUGUGAUUGAUAUUUUUGUCUCCAUAUUUUUCUGAAUUUAUUAAUCCAUGUCAUGAACUUGAAAAAGGAAAAAAAUCCACAGGUUUGUGCUGCAUUUCUGUUGUGAAAAAAAAAACCAACCUCAAAAUGCUUCAAAUCUGUGAAGCUUGGUGCCAUUUUUCAGCAUUUAAAUGUAUGCUGUUCAUGUUUGUCCUGUAGUUUUUCUCCUUCUUGACUGUCACUUGUUUUGUUUGUUGUCCUGAUUGUUUACAUCUCAAGUCUAUCAACAAUGGCAGGUACAAGGACAAAGUAAUGAUUCAUUUUUGUAUGAACAAUCCAUCCAGUCAACGUUUCUCCAUACGAGUGCAUUAUGUUUAAUUAAAAUAGUUAUUCUUUGCAUUGUUCACGUCAAGUAUUACCUGCCAGCAGUAUUGCAAAAAGAUGCAACAUCUGUCARAAAGAAAAGAUGUUGCCUCAUGUGGCAUUUGUUGAUGAAAACUGUCAUUUUUUACUUUUAUUUUCAUUUUUUGUUUUAGUUUGUAUGGAUCAUGGUUUCUUCUACACAUAAGCAAAUAGAAAAAAAACUUGAAAUUGUGCCAACUGCAUGUACAAAUAAUUAAAGAUGUUGUUUGUAUCAC